CUGCAUGCUGCUAUUACCAAGUGCGAAAAGUUGUCACACGGAGAUUGCCAUCACGACGACAGCAGCAGGAGCGGGGCGGCAAGACUCGAAUCGCGCAGCAGGGGGUGCCAACUCUCAGAGCACUGCUUGCACGCGAAUAGCAGGCUGCCAACCAUGGCAUCCACGCUGCUGGAGGAGACGCGGCAGGCCCACGAUGACAUUGAGCGGCUGGAGAGGCUGAUUGUUAAGGAUUUUGCCACUCAGCCGGCGGCCACCCACAAGGACAAGCUGCUGCAGAGUCACCGAGUGCGGGGGAUGUUGGACGGCAUACAGGACCGGUCGGCCAAGCUGAUCCGGAUCUACCAGGAUGAGGACGGGGCACGCAAGGAGGAGAUUGCCCAGCUGCGCAUGGGCGCUAGCGACAACGUGUUCAGCAACUUUUAUGAGCGACUCAGGGAGGUGCGUGAGUACCACCGCAAGUUUCCGGACGACGAUCUGACCGAGGCGGAGAACGACGAGGCGCUUCUUCAGGAGCAGCCGGCAGUGCCAUUUAGCGGCGAGGAAGCUAUGGGGCGUUUCCUGGACCUGCACGAGCUUUUCCAGACCUACAUCAACUCCAAGUUUGGCAAGCAGGUGGACUACUACACCUACGUCUGCGGCGUGGUAGACUUUGGCACCAUCCCGCGGGCCCGGCGCCUUUCCAAGCUGUACCGUGACUACUUGGGAAGCCUGGUGGGAUACCUCGAGUCCUUUUAUGAGCGCACGCAGCCGCUGGCGCAGCUAUCCAAGCAGUAUGACAAGUUGGAGAAAGAGUUCAGUGAGCAGUGGCAGGCCGGCGUUGUGGCGGGGUGGGAGGACCGUGGCGAGGGGGAGCAGGGAGACAGUGCCGCCUCAGGGGCCCUGGACCUGGAUGCUUUUGACUCGGCAGAUGAGCUGGAGAUGCUGGGUGGUGCUGUAGGCGCGGAGCGGGUGAAGGAGGCGCUGCAGGCGCUGGGCCUCAAAUGCGGCGGCACGCUACGGCAGCGCGCAGAGCGGCUGAUGCUGACCAAGGGCAAGCGGCUGGAGGAGCUGGACAAGUCGCUCUUUGCCAAGGGCACGCUGCCGGCGGCCACCAAGUCGGCCGCCAAGCAGGAGCAGCGGGUGGCGGCGGCGCGCACGGUGGCGCUGCUGGAGGCCAAGGCGCGUCGGCUCUGCGACAUGCUGUCCUCGGUGAUUGAGGACACCAAGGGGCGCAUCGAAAAGAAGCAGGCGCAGACGUACGAGGAGCUGGUGGCGGAGCAGCAGGAGGCGGAGGAGGAGGCGGCGGUAGUGGAAGACAGCGAGGAGGAGGAUGAGUUUGUGUAUAACCCUCUCAAGCUGCCUCUGGGCUGGGAUGGCAAGCCCAUCCCGUACUGGCUCUACAAGUUGCACGGCCUCAACCUGGAAUUUAAGUGCGAGAUAUGCGGCGGUGCUUCCUACUGGGGAAGGCGUGCCUAUGAGCGCCACUUCCGUGAGUUUCGGCAUGAGAACGGCGUGCGGGCGCUGGGAAUUCCCAACUCCAAGGCCUUCUAUGAAGUCACCAGCAUCGCAGACGCCCUGGCGUUAUGGAAAUCCUUGCAGCAGAAGGGCAAAACCGGCACUGAGACGACAGAGGAGGAGAUUGAGGACGCGGACGGCAACGUUUACAGCAAGAAGACUUUCGAGGAUUUGCGGCGUCAGGGGCUGGUCUAAGUCAAGGCUCGAGCUCUUCGGUGCUGGUAUGGCGUUCCUGCUGUGUACUGCCUUCCUGCUACUCACCUUGUUUCCAAGGAUGCUGUAGCUUUGCACAGGCCCAUUGCAGUCAAUUGCGGCCACAGCAACAUUAGGUGCCCGCCUGCUGGCCUCAGAGAUGACGGCCCUCUUCUGGUUUUUGGGACUGCCUUCCCUCUCUUCUUGCGCUAUGAGCCCCCGGUGGUGGUCCAGAGCACACACAUUGGGCAAUUCCACAUGUAAAAAUUGAGUACAUUC